AUGGAUCAAUAUAUUCUUAACAACUUUCCAACUGCAAAUAUUAAUAACAACAAUGGUAUCAACGGUUUAGGUAUUAAUAAUAAUAAUAAUAAUAAUAAUAAUAAUAAUAAUAAUAAUAAUAAUAAUAAUAAUAAUAAUAAUAAUAAUAAUAAUAAUAAUAAUAAUAAUAUUAAUAAUAAUAUUAAUAAUAAUAAUAAUAAUAAUAAUAAUAAUAAUAAUAAUAAUAUUAAUAAUAACGCACUCAUAAAUCCAUCAUUAGCAAAUAUCAACUCUAUAAAUAAUACUGCAAAUAAUGCCAUAAAUGGAAAUAGUAAUAUUAAUAAUAAUAAUAAUAAUAACAAUAAUAACAAUAAAAAAUUAAAAAUGACAGGAUUGGCUGGAAUUCCAUCACAUAAUAAUCAGCACAAUCAUCAUAACCAUCAUAACCAUCAUAACCAUCAUCAUCCAGGAAUUAUUAAUACGAAUGGACUUAUACUAGAGAAUACACCUAAUACUAUAAAUGGUAUAGGUGCACUUAAUAAUAUAAAUGGAUUAAAUGGUACUACUCAAAUAAAUAAUGGAAUAAGUAAUAAUAAUAAUAAUAAUAUUAAUAAUAAUAAUAAUAAUAAUAAUAAUAAUAAUAAUAAUAAUGGAUACCAAUAUCCUUAUUCAUCAAUCGGAAGUAUUGAUGCCUGUAUAAAUAGUGUUUUUGCAAAUUAUUCUUACGCACCACAACCUCAACAAAAUAUCACCGCACCAUCAACAGUUGUAAAUCAUAAUAGUCAAAAUAGUAAUAAUAAUAAUAAUAAUUGUACUACUAACAAUAAUAGCACAGCUUCAAAUACAAAUAAUAUUAAAAAUAACAGUAAUAUAACCCCUCACAACAACAACAACAACAAUAAUAACAAUAAUAACAAUAACAAUAAUAAUAAUAAUAAUCAAAACCAAAAUCAUAUGAAUAAUAACCAUAAUAACCAUAAUAACCAUAAUAACCAUAAUAAUAUACAUACACAACAUUUUACACCAACCAAUAUUCCAUCAUUUUAUACACCACCACCACUCCCUGAACAACAACAACAACAACAACAACAACAACAACAACAACAACAACAACAACAACAACAACAACAACAACAACAACAAUAUUUCCAAAGCCAACAACUCCAAAUUAAGCAAGAGCAUAUACCUCCUGAUGAAAAUGAUAAACAAAAACAACAACAACCACAACAACCACAACCACAUGUAAAAGUAGAAAAAUCCAAAUCAAGUAAAUCAAAUAAGAAAAAUAAAACACCAACAUCAUCUCCAAAACCAAAGAAAACAAAAACAAAAGCAAAAGCAAAUCCAAAAUCAUCAAAGAAAACCACCACAACAGAAAAUCAAACACCAGUCAAUACAUCACCAACUUCAAAUACGACAACUCCUUCAUCAACUCCAUCUUUAUUAACAACCCCAACAACUCCAAAUAUACCAUUACCAUUUCCACAAAUAUUACAACAACAACAACAAAUACAACAAAUACAACAAUUACAACAAAAACCAUUAAUACCUUUACCAAAUAGUAAUAAUGCAAAUUCUUCUUCUUCUUCUUCUUCAUCUUCAUCCCCUUCUUCUUCAUCUUCUUCAUCCUCUUCUUCAAAGAAAUCAAAAUCUAGAGAUUCAAUUAUAAAAUCAAUUGUUCAAAGGGAAUUAACUAUUGAUUUAAUAAAAUGUAAGCAUAUAAGGAAAGUGGAUGAAUCAAUUAUAAAUAGUUUUUCAAAAGAUUAUCUUAAAAUAUUAUUAGAUGGUGAUAGAACUCCACAAAAAAGUAAUCCAAAGGAUCAAUAUAAGCACCAUAUUGAAGAAAUCAUUCAACAAUCUGGAGUUACUAUUAAUAAUAAUACUUUGGAAUAUCAUUGUAUAUUUUGUAAUAUUAAUAAUAAUAAUAUUAAUAAUAAUAAUAUUAAUAACAACAAUACUAAUAAUGAAAACGAUAACUCUACUACUACCACUACUACUACCACUACUACUUCCAGUACCAAUAAUGAUGAUAUUGAAGAUAAUGAUAAUGAUAAUGAUAAUGAUAAUGAAAAUGAAAAUGAUAAUGAUAAUGAUAAUGAUAAUUAUAAUGAUAACGAUAAUGAUGAUAACACCGCUGAUGAAUAUGAAGAUAUUGAACAUUCUGAUAUCAGUUCUAAACCUAAAAAUAUCGAUUCAACUACCACUAAAACAACAACUACAACAACAACAACUACAACUACCAGUGCCACCAAUGACGCAUCUCAAAACAUUGUUGACAAUAAUAGUGGUAGUAAUAGUAGUGGCAAUAAUAAAAAUGAAGAUCCAACUACAAAAGUAAAUAAAAAUGAAAAUGAAAAUAAUAAUAAUAAUAAUAAUAAUAAUAAUAAUAAUAAUAAUAAUAAUAAUAAUAAUAUUAAUAAUAAUAAUAAUAAUAAUGGUAAUGGUAAUAGAAUUUUCAAAAAGGAUAAACAUUUUAAGAAUCAUAUUGUUGAUCAACAUUUGGAAAAAGUUAAAGAAUUUAUAUUACCACCACCAAAUUUAAGGAAUGGAAUGAAAAAGAAAUGUGAUCAUGUUGGUUGUCAUUCAAUAUUUAGAGUGGAUGAAUUUUCAAAACAUGUAAAAAGAGUUCAUCAUCUUUAUGAUAAAGAUGCUGUUGACACUUGUGCGAGAUGUAUUUCAAUUAAAAGUAAUCUUUUCCAAAAAGUCUUGUUAUCGAUUAGUGAAAAAAAUUCUAAAAAAACUAAUAAUAAUAAAGAUAAUAAAGAUAAUAAUAAUAGAGAUAAUAAUAAAGACAAUAAUAAUAAUAAUAAUAAUAAUAAUAAUAAUAAUAAUAAUAAUAAUAAUAAUAAUAAUAAUAAUAAUAAUAAUAAAGAUUAA